GAGCUUCGUGAACGAGCAUCGUUAUCCCCGAUCUCCGCCAGGCCGAACUUCCCUAGUUUAGGAUAGCUGUGUCAAGUUCGCGAUUUCGUGGGUCGUGUCGACAAUGACCGAAACCUCCAAAAUGAGCCAAGCGAGUGAUGCAGUGCAUCACUUACUCGUCGUUCAUCAAGACCAUGCCGGACAAAGCAUGACGGUCCCUGCGAGAACCUCAACGAUUUACGCACGAGAUCCUCGAGCCUUCAUGAAUCUCAAAAUCGGGGUUACAGGGAUUCGCAAGAAGUAUCUCUUCAUUCUUCUUAUCAGCCUGUGUUGGCUUGUUUCGAUCAAUAUCUUGAUGACGUUUUUGAUAUCGAAAGCGGUUAGAUUUUCCUUCCACGGAAUGGGAUCAUUGAAUGUGAACGACAAGUCUCUCCGAAGCGACAACGCGGUAAAUUUUCUCAAUGGACUCGCAGUGAGGAGCAUACAUUCCCGUCUGGAGAGCCCCCUUUUCGUACAUUCGGCCGCGAACAUCACGCUCGCAUCGAAGGGUACGAUUCCUCGAUUCCCGUCUUCCUUCAUGACGAUCGCUCCGAGACACCUUGGUGUAAUGGCUGAUACUUUCACCGUACACAACACGGACGGCAAGCAGAUUUUCCAUGCUACGGGGGAGCAUUCGAGGAUAUCAGCUCACACAUUGAAGAUCAAAGGCUCAGGCGGCAUUCGCGUUCAAGGUGCGGUCCAGAGUUCUGCUCUGAGGAAUCGAGAUGGUCUCCGCGUGGAGAGUUCUACUCGUAAGCUCCUGGUGUCGGGUCCUGAAGGAGUGAGCUUAGGAUCGACGAGUGGAAGUAUAUUCUUCGAGUCGUACGGAAACAUGACGCUCACAUCGGCUCGGGGAAAGAUCACCUUCUCCGCGAGCGCAGUCAUCAUGGACAACAUCAGAAGCCCGAUUCCGUCGAAAUCAGGAACGCCAUACAGCGGUAUCUACCAGCUGUGUAUAUGUGCUACCGGAACCCUGUUCCUCGCCUCGCCAGCGGCGACUUGCCGUACAGACGCUCAUGUGUGCGGAGUAACCUCGGUUCCUCUGUGA